AUGAUUUAUUUUUUUGUCUGUAAUUUAGGCACCGAAAAGUCAGCUAAAUACAAAUUAUACGCAGUUUCAAAUCAUUCUGGAAGUGUUUAUGCUGGCCAUUAUACUGCCUCAUGUUUACAUCCUUAUACAGGCAAUUGGUAUUCAUUUAAUGACAGUCA